UAAAUCCGGCGUAGCGUGAUCGCGUGCCCGCGGUCCUGCGCGCGGAGAGGAGCAGGGCCUCCGUUUUAACGAUAUUUGCGUGAAAUUCGUCGAUUUAGGAGCAACAGUGUGAACUUUUCUCCCGGCGGUGACGUAAAGCAGCGGCGGCGGCGACCGGCCAAUCACAUUCCAGCAGGCUGGCGGAGGUUACCCGGGAGAUUCGCUGCGUAAGCCCGAUCAGCGCGCGCUUCUCGUCGUUUUUACAUGGAUGCAGUGUUUCUGAGGGACUGAGGGGUGGAGUAUAAAGGGACAGACGGCUGGGCGUCGGCUCCAUGGCGGCCGCGGCCGGCAGCUCCGGCGCGUGUGCCCGGCCCGGCUGGGUGGCAUUCAGCGAGGAGUCUGAGCAGACAGAAGUCCCUGGUGUCGUAGAGAUGUCCAGUAUCCCUCCGUCUGCAGUGGACUCCUCGGCCUGGUCAGAUGCGCCCCUGGUGGCUAUGCAGCAGCGUGACAGCUGGGUGCAGUUUGAUGAAAAGCCUUGGUCUCCAUCUCCACCUCCACACCAGGUAAAAGGACCCAGACACAGUGUGUGUUCCUCGGUCAGUUUCUGGAGUGCGGUGCCUGAAUCUGAGGAGCGCAGUUCAAUGAGCGUGGGGGCGUCCUCCAGUGACCUGCCCUCGCUCACCACAGAGGAGCCGCCCAGCCAGACCACCUCCCGCCCACAUUCACCCAAUUCGUCUGUUUGCCAAGACGAUGAAGGAAUAAACAUGGAUACACUUAACUGGACAGCCAAGAACCCACACACCAACGGCCAGCAGUACGCCAACAGUACACUACCCGGCCGAUUCGCCAGCUGGGUAACGUUUGAUGAUGAUGACGAGGCGACAGACUACAAAUAUGCUCCGAAACCAUCCAACAUCGCGCUUGACAACCUCAACAACUCUCCGUUACAAGAUGCCAACAGCAACCUGAUAGUUUCACCCAUCCAGAACAGAACCAGUACCGACAGGCACAUCCUGGACUUAACCCCCGAUAGCACACACCCAGCAUUUACAUUAGACAGCCCACUGCUGAACAACACCACUCCUUACACCAAGAAGAACCCCUUCCUGGAUGAUGAGUUUUCUAACGUUCAGCCUUCGCCAAUCAACCCUUUCAGUGCCUACUUUAACAAGACUGAGUUAAAAUCCACUGAAAGCAAUGGCUCAGCCACUCCCAAAUCUUUUUCCUUCAGUUCCCCUGUCUUUGAACCCAAUCCUUCUGACAUCAAACGGGAAUCCUUGCUGCUCUUCAGCCCUGAUAGUGAGUCUAGCACCGGUGGCCAGGACUUCUUCCCCUCAGGUCCUCCUGGAGAUGACCUGGAUCAGCUCAAAAACAUGCAGAUCUCUGACCCUGACCAAGUCGGCAGUCCCACUUUACCAGACGAUUCUUUGGACACAGGGGACGAAGAGGCGACACCGUAUGAACCAUCUCACAUGGCUCCCCAGAAUGGCUGGCCCAUGCUUCUCCGCAUCCCGGAGAAAAAGAACAUCAUGUCCUCUCGGCACUGGGGACCCAUCUUCGUCAGGCUGAGUGAUGCUGGCAGUCUGCAGCUUUUCUACGAAAAGGGCCUGGAGAAACCCUUCAAGGAGUUCCAGCUAAACACUCAGCUCGAGGUUUCUGAACCCAGGCUGCAGAACUAUGAAGAGAACGGGCGAGUUCACACCCUCAGCUUGGACCACGUGGUGUACAAAGAGAAGCGUAAGAUCCAGCCCAAAGUGACCGUGGUUCACAUGCCUGUCAAGGAGCAACUGGUCAAGCUUGGGACUGUCGAAUACCAGGACUUCCAAAGCUUCAGGUAUGCUUUGCAAGAAAAGCUGGCCAACCUGUCUGCAGACCCAGAGUCCAUCAGUUCACCUGCGUCCUACUCUGAAGAAGAGAUUCAGGUAGAAGUGAUCGAUAGUUUUUAUGGGGUCCUGUCGAAAGGUGAUAGUCGUAUUCUAGAACACCUGGUUACGACCCAAGUCAAUGUUCUUGCGUUCCUGACGGGCUCACCGAUAUGUCACAUCGGACUCAACGACGUCCAGGUCAGAGGAAAAGAGGUGGUAUCCCGUCAUGACAUCGUUCCAAACACCACCACACGCUGGAUACGCUUGCAGGACUGUAGGCUCAACGAGUGUGGGGAUCAGUCGGAAUUUGACGAAUCCAGGAUCAUCGCUUUUGAACCUCCGUCUGGACGUCGAUUCGAGCUGCUGCGAUUCAGAACAACCUACGCGGAAAAGACGCUUCCCUUCACCGUGAGAACGGUUGUCAGCAUUCGUGGUGCAGAGGUGGAGCUCCAGUCCUGGCUGGUGAUGUCAACCGGCUUCUCGUCCAACAGAGACCCUCUCACACUUAUACCGUGUGAAAACGUAGCUGUCCGUUACCCGCUACCUGAAAUAUGGGCCAAGAACUUCCGCAGGGAGAGUGUCACCGGAGAGAAGUCCCUUAAGGCUCGCUUCAAUAAAGGAGCCAGCUUCGGGACUACGAGCAGUUCCGGCUCAGAACCCGCCAUGAGGGUCACUCUGGGAACUGCCAAGUAUGAACAGGCCUUUAAAUCUGUGGUGUGGAGGAUUAGCCGACUGCCGGACAAAAACUCAGCUCUGGGACACCCUCACACCUUCUUCUGCCGUUUGGAGCUGGGCUCUGACUGGGAGGUGCCGCGGAAGUUCCAGUGCCAGGUGGAGGUGGAGUUCGACAUGCCUGCUGCCUCUGCCUCCAAGGCCACGGUUCGCUCGCUGUCUGUGGAGGACAGGACCGAUCUGAAGAAGUGGAUCACUUACAAAGCACAUUACUCCUACCAGGUGGGGAUAGAGCAAAAGAGCGAGGGCAUGCUGGAGAGUGCAGAUCAGGAGAAGCCUGGGGAGUGUGCUCAUCAGUGAGGAAGAACUGAUCCAGAAUUGCCUUCUUCUUUCUUCUUCCUUUUUUCUUUUUUUUUUUUUCUUUUCUUUGGAAAAGUUGCACUUUGAAAAAUCCAGAAAUGUAAAAGUCCAUCAUUUCUAUGAACAGACUUAGCUUGCUUUGCUUUGGGAAUUAUUUGGUAUGAACUUUUUGAGUGUAAGACACGUUGAACAGACAUGGACCUGGAAGUAUGGUACACAUAUGCUGUAAUUAUAACAGGGAAGAUGAUACAUGUAUUUAAUACAUAUUUAAUACAUGUAUAACGAGGCUGAAACACAGAUUACACAUAUAUCAGGCUUACAAGGGAAGUAUUUGAGGGAUAGAGUGAAAUGGCACUUUUUAAUUCGCUGUUUUAAAAAGCUGUCACAUGAUGAUUGAUUUAGGCCUGGUCAUUUUUUAGAAUGAUUGUGAUGAAAAGCAGGGAAAUUAUUAAUUACUACAUUUGUUUUUUUGUUUGCUAAAAACGUUUAAUUAUGCAUCAAAUAGAAACAGGGAAGUUUUAGCUUUGCCUGGUGGAGGGAUGCUUUAACUUCAGCUAACUCUAACAGUAUUUCAGCACAUCACAACCACAUCACAACAUAUUAUAUUAUUAUCAUUAGCUGGCGAUGACCUCUAAAAUGGAAAUUGAUUGGUUCAGAUUGGAUAUAAGUUAUUAUUAUUGCUUAAUACUUGAAACAGAAUAAUAAUUUCUUCUGGAAAAGUGGAAAAGAAGGGAAGCAUACCAAGAAAACCAAGUAAACCAUUCACUCUCAUUUAAAACACUUUAUUUACAGUGUUAACAUUUUUAUAUUAAGCUCUCCUUUUAGCAGAGGUGGAAAAAGUACUGAAAAAUUGUAAUUGAGUAAAAGUACCUUUACUUUGCUAAAAAUGUACUCAAGUAAAAGUAAAAGUACCCAUCUAAAAAUCUACUCAAGUAAAAAUAAAAGUACCCAUCUAAAAAUCUACUCAAGUAAAAAUAAAAGUACCCAUCUAAAAUUCUACUCCAGUAAAAGUAAAAAGUACUCCAUUUAAAAAUCUACUCAAGUAAAAAUAAAAGUACCAUCUAAAAAUCUACUGGAGUAAAAGUAAGAGUACCCAUCUAAAAAUCUACUCGAGUAAAAGUAAAAAGUACUCAAUUUAAAAUGUACUUUGAGUAAAAGUUACAUAGUUACUUUUAAUUAUUUGAUGUAAAAAAGUAAAAACAAAUAAUAAAUUAUUUUUUUUAAAUGAACUUCUACUCCACAUAAUAAUUUGGAUCUUUCAGGCAGUAUUUGUUUAGACCAUCCCAUUAAUCCUUUUUUAAGAACAAGUGGCACUGGUAGGUUUCUAUGAUCCAUUUUUUUUUUACUAUUAAAAUUUUAUGGUCAUAUAGGUGAUUAUAAACUGUAUUUUUAUAGUUUUACAGUUCAUUGUUAUAUUCUAACUUGCCAUUGCUGUGCUUUAACUGCUUUUUACAUGUUUUUUUUAACAUUCAAGCAGAUUGUUUAAUGAUAAAAAUACUUACAACUACAUGCUUUCUCAGGUUUGAUGUGGAAGUUUUGAAAGCUGACAGCUCUGUCCGGCGGGGCACAUUUUGUAUUGCAUGAGGACGUUAUUGCCUCGUUAUUCUACGCGCGAGCAUCCAUGCGCCGGUGCAUCCGCGCCAAUUAUUAUUAUUAUUAUUAUUUUUUCAUUCAGACAAUUGUUUUUUUUCCCAGCAUAUAUUUUUUUACUCAGUAAUUGGGAGUUUUCCAAUGUAGUAAAGUAAAUUACUUGUGUCAAAAUGUACUUGAGUAAAAGUUAAAUUACCUAUUUUAAAAACUACUUUAAAAAUUACAAAUUACUCAUAAAAUCUACUCAAUUACAGUAACUUGAGUAAAUGUAAUUCAUUACUUUCCACCUCUGCCUUUUAGACAUGUAGCAAAUAGCUGGAGAUUUUCUGUUGCAAAAUUUUUCAACACCUUCAUGCCUAUCGUCUUAGGUACUAAGUGAAGCAUCUUUAGACCACUAAUCCAUAGGCCCAAAAAGUUCCAGUUUUGUUUCACUAUUCCUCAGAAAAGGCUUCCAGUACUUCUGUUGAGUGAAUAAACAGGACAACUGGAACAUUUUUCAGGUCUGUGGAUCAGUGGUAUGACCAGAGAGGGAAAAAUGAAGCAUCUGCAAAAAAAAAAAAAAAAAAGGUGGCACCAAACAGGGACGGUGGGAAUAAAAGGAGAGGAGAGAAUGGCAUGUACGGGGAGGUCUUAUAAAGACAGGUGGAAGCUGGUGAUUGGUUGAGAUACAAGUGACGAGCACUGGAGUUUCCUGCUAGAACUGGUGCUGAAGCUUAUAAUUCUUUUGGUGGAAAAGUGCUAUGUGAGUUCUUCAGAGAACUGUUGGCUGAAUUCACUUUGUACUCGGUGGCUGGCAAGAUAAAGUCUGGGUAAUCUCUAUAAUAAUAAUAAUGUGUGGAAAAUAAAAGGGCUUUAUUUAUAACUUGACAGCUGCAACCAUAAUCUGCACAGUAGAAGUGAAGAGGUCAAGAGGUGAAGCCAGACCAAGUGUCUCCGCCUGCCUUCAUUGAGUUUACAGAGUAACAGCACUGUAACCGAAGCUCUCCAUUACUAUUAUUACUCCACCACGUACAGGUAACCUAGCAACGAUGCAGUGCUUACAAACCAAACAGUGCAGUUACAAACAGAGCAGCAAUGGAACGAUAAAACUCGUAUGUUCACGUCCUCUUUAACUCAAAAUCUUUUAAAAAACAGUGAUAAUGAAACUGUGGGAUAAUCACAAUAAUGCACUCGAGGUCUGUGCUGUAAGAUGUAAUAUUGGCAGAAAUAAAUCUUGUGAUUUUGGCAGAAGCUUGUGAAAAUGAUGCCACAGCAAAUGCUUAUAGCUGCAAUUAAUGUGCUAUAAGGUGUAAUAUUGGCACUGCUGCAGGCAGAGUGUUGUAGAUCAGCACAGCAGUGCCAAUAUUACACCUUAUAGCACCUUAAUUGCAGCUAUAAGCAUUUGCUGUGGCAUCAUUUUCACAAGCUUCUGCCAAAAUCACAAGAUUUAUUUCUGUCCAGAACUACAGAAAGUCAGACCAAGUGUCUUCGCCUGUCUUCAUUGAGUUUAUGCAGUUAUUGGAAUUAAACACUGGAGAAGGACAGACAGUUUAAUGGUCGGACUACUUCGUCAUGGAAACAUAUUGGAAUGGGUAGAAUGGGGACAUUGAUUAUAACUAAUCACAACUACUUUUGUCUACAUAACACUAGCAGUGUUAAAUAAAGCAGACUUUGACCUUUGUUUUACUGUAUUGAUUCCUAAAAGUAUGAUUACAGUAUGAUUCCUAAAAAAAACAAACAAACAAAAAAAAACGCAGUCAUUACAAUCUGGCUGCUCGUUAAUUAAGACUUUGUUUACAUGUAUAUCAUUGGGAGUUGUUUGUUCACUGUUUUUUAUUUUUAAUUUCAUGGAUAACAUAAUCAUUUUAGGCCUUGUAUCAUCAGUAACCCUUCAUAAACUCAGUAACUCAUAAUAACUCAUAAACGCUGCCGACAAACCGCAUGUGAAAUAAUGUUACAGAUGGGGAUCUUGAUAGAUGUAAAUCACUUAAGGUGUUAAAGUGUUAAAGUGGGGCUGUAUUGCAUAUUGCAAUGCACAGUAAUUGUCUUACAUUACAGCCUCAAAUCGUUACUCAUGUCUUAAUGUUAUAAGUAAGGACUUAACGUUAGUGUUAAGUCUGUGAAACUGCUGUAAUAUUUUAUUUUUAGGAGACUGUUGCAAUUAAAAUGAUUCAACCCCCCAUUUCAAAUUAGGUUUAUUAGCUAAAUAUACAAACUUUCAGCUGUUUGCGAUAAACCAAUUUAAUAGGAACAGUUUAAACAGCUACAAUCUAAUAUAUAACAAGUGAUUUCUCCAAAUGCAACACUAAAAAUAAAUACCACUUUUUAAUAACUGUUGUUGCAGAAGUAUUCAACCCCUUCAUGCAUAGCAUCUUAGAUAUAAAGUGAAGCACCCUUAGACCGCUGAUCCAUAGGCCCAAAAAGUUCAAGUUUGCUCUGUUGUUCCCUAGAAAAGACUUACAAUCAACAAUAUUUCUGUUGAGUGAUUGGUUGAGUGGUUGAGUGAUUGGUGUGGCGAAGUGGAUAACACCAGUACCUGCCAGUGAGCUAACUACCACAUCACAAAGAGUCCCUGGGCAAGACUCCUAACACUACAUUGGCCAAAUCUGUAACAGAAAUAACCUUGUAUUAAUGUAAGUGUGUGGAAAAGAGCAUCAGCUAAAUGCUGUAAAUAUAAAUAUAAAUGUAUAUUAAUGGAUAUAAAUGGAAAUAUUAAAUAAAACUGGAACAUUUUUCAAGUCUGUGGAUCAGUGGUAUGACCAGAAAAGGAAAAAUAAAGCAUAUGCUGAAAAGUCCUGCAGUGUGUGGACCGCAACAUGGAUUUAAAACAGAACAGAAGGAACUAUUAUGUCUUUUCUGGAGAAGUUGAGGCUUGAGCAUCAUUGGGCCAAACAACAGGACAGUGAACCCAAGCAUACCUCAAAUUCCACUACAAGGCUUGGUUUCAGAAGAAGUCCUGGAAGAUUCUGAAGGGGCCGUCAUAGUCCCAUGACUUGAACCUAGUGCUGGGCGAUUUUACGAUUAAUAUGGUUAAUUUAAAUCACAGUUUAAAUGCAAUUUUCAAAAUGGAGUAAUCGCAAUUGUACAUACAGACAUUUUAUCUUUUUAAUCUAAAAUAUCUGAAAACGCUACUCAUUUCUGAAGUGUUUUUCCAUCUUACCUUGGUUACCGGCGCCUCUCACAGACUAACCCGCGCAUAUUUUCUAAACAUUCCUCUCAGUCCGAGGACUGAGCUCGUACUAAAAAAAGUUCCAGCACUGGGAUAAAACAUAUAUAUUUAUCUAGAGAUAAAUUUGACCAUUUCUAAAAACUACAGUGUCAUAACUCUCCGGUGAGGAUCUGUGAUUAAUUCUGAAAACAAUAAUAAUCUCUCCUUCACAGUUUCUUCUGAUUUGUUUAGUGCGUUUUUUCUCAAUUUUCAGUCACAAACCCGCACUAUAAUCCAGUAUAAUCCAGUGUCUGUCAGUGUGCUUAUAUAUAUAUAUAUAUAUAUAUAUAUAUAUAUAUAUAUAUAUAUAUAUAUAUAUAUAUAUAUAUUUUACACGUAAACCUAGUUUUGAACCAUUUCUUUGUCAUCUGUUGUUUAAUUUUGGCUAGGGGGGGGAAUCGAUUAUAAUAAAAAAUCAGAUUUUUUUGGUAAAAAAAAAAAAGAUUUGUCACAAUCGUCCAGCACUACUUGAACCCUGUAAAAAUCUUUGGUGGGAUUUAUAGAAAGCUGUUGCAAAAUAAAAACUCAUGAAUAUUAGUGAACUCUAGUGGUCACUGCCCAUAAGAACAUUUUAUCUGGCUAUUCAUCCCAUGUGCAGUUCUACUGAGUACUAAAGACACUUAAGCUUGUUAUGAAUUAGUUGAAUAAAUCUAGAACUGCAGUAGUCAUUAAUAGAGGUGUAUUGUGUUGAAUUAAGAGAAAUCAUUUGCUAAAUCAGUUGUUUUAAGCCGUUUAAAUUGUUCUUGUUUGAUUGGUUUACCUCAAACAGCUCAAAGCUCAAAGUACAUUUUGCUAAUCAACCACAAUUUGCAUCAGUGGAGUUGAUUUUUUGAUUUGUGUUGAUGUGCUUUAGCUGUAUGAUGUAUUAUUUUUACUAACCUGUAAUUUUAAUGUGUUGGGGCUGUAGGGAGGUGUUGCACUACUAGAUUUUGAUCUUAUUUUUUAUUUUUUUGUAAGUUUAUUUUUUUUUAAAACAAGUUUUCUCUGGGCUGCAGUGUUUGCAGUGCACAGUUUGAGUUGUAUGUGAAUCUGGGGAUGAUUCAAUUGAGUUAAAAGUGAAUCAAGUGAAUGAAAUGAAUACAUUUUUCUAGUAACUAAUACACAAAAUUUGACGUACAGCUUGGAUGAAAACAUGAAAAAUCCAGAAAGAACACCAUAUAUUUUCAUAUGAACUUACAGUAUAUUUGUGUAUUAGUAUUAAUACUUAAUUGAUCAUAGAAUUUUUAUAAUUGGUUCAUUAUCUGAGGCUUUAUGAUUACUAACAUUCAGGCGCACAGUUUAUUGACCCACUUGACUCAAAGUCAUUAACCUCAGUAAAAGCCAGAGCUCUCACAAGAGCUGCAGAGCCAGUCACACACUUUUUUUACACACUACUAUUAAAAUAAUAGUCCUGUAAAGUAGGGGUGGGCGAUAUGGCCCGGAAAUAUAAUCACGAUAUUUCAUGGUAUUUUUGCGAUAACGAUACUUUUGGCGAUAUGACAAACCACUGAAUAAUAAAAAAAAAAAAGUCAAGAAUACACUACUGCUAGACAAUUUAAAUAAAAUGAUGUUAUUGCAUAUAAUAUUAAUAUAAAAACAGUAAAAAAGUAGUAGGUGGGUGAUAUGGCACGAUAUUUCAGGGUCUGAUAUUGUUCACGAUAUUCAAAAAUGUUGGUGAUAUUAUUGCAUACGAUAUGGCACACCCCUACUGCAAAGGUAUUAUUUUAUAUUCCAUAGUGGACCACUUUUGUGUUUCUUAUAAAGAACCAUGUUUGUAAUAUAGAUAUGUACAUAUAAAAUAUAUUUUUAAAGGUUUAAAGAUCUCCUUCUGCUAAAAUCCACUUUUUUUGUUUUUUGUAUAAUACUAUAAGUCUCUCUCUCGAUAUGUUCUCCAUCCAUCUAUGAAUAUUCAUGAGAAAGAGCCGAAAUUCUGUCUUUCUUCAGAGUCCAAAAAUCAGUUAAGCAGGGCUAUACAGAAACACAAAAAAUGGCUCACAUGGCAUUUAUUCAUACUAAAGACCAUGACUAGACAAUUUAAAAUGAAUAAAAAAACGAUGGAAUGAGACAUUUAAGGAAUCUUAAAGAAGAACUCUGGUAAAAAAAAAAAACUUAUCUUUGAUGAAUAGCACACCUCCAUUCUCCCACAGCGUUCUGAGAUCCAGAAAUUUUAACAGUUUGUCCAAACCUCCUUCCGACUGGGUGAUAAAAUCGCUUUUUACACCGUUAUCCAGCUCAAAGAAGCUCCACACCUCCUUGCUAGAAUUUAAAAACAAGGCAUUAAUAACUUGCACAAAGUGCAAUAAGAAGUUUAUUAAAAAACACGGUUUACAUCCCAUAGUGCAGGUAAAUCUCCGGGCACCGCCAUCACUGUACUGAUAAUGACAGAGAUAUAUACACUACCGUUCAAAAGUUUGGGGUCACAUUGAAACGUCCUUAUUUUUGAAGGAAAAGCACUGUACAUUUCAAUGAAGAUAACUUUAAACUAGUCCUAACUUUAAACAAAUACACUCUGUACAUUGCUAAUGUGGUAAAUGACUAUUCUAGCUGCAAAUGUCUGGUUUUGGUGCAAUAUCUACAUAGGUGUAUAGAGGCCCAUUUCCAGCAACUAUCACUCCAGUGUUCUAAUGGUACAAUGUGUUUGCUCAUUGGCUCAGAAGGCUAAUUGAUGAUUAGAAAACCCUUGUGCAAUCAUGUUCACACACCUGAAAACAGUCUAGCUCAUUACAGAAGCUACAAAACUGACCUUCCUUUGAGCAGAUUGAGUUUCUGGAGCAUCACAUUUGUGGGGUCAAUUAAAUGCUCAAAAUGGCCAGAAAAAGAGAACUUUCAUCUGAAACUCGACAGUCUAUUCUUGUUCUUAGAAAUGAAGGCUAUUCCAUGCGAGAAAUUGCUAAGAAAUUGAAGAUUUCCUACAACGGUGUGUACUACUCCCUUCAGAGGACAGCACAAACAGGCUCUAACCAGAGUAGAAAAAGAAGUGGGAGGCCGCGUUGCACAACUAAGCAAGAAGAUAAGUACAUUAGAGUCUCUAGUUUGAGAAACAGACGCCUCACAGGUCCCCAACUGGCAUCUUCAUUAAAUAGUACCCGCAAAACACCAGUGUCAACAUCUACAGUGAAGAGGCGGCUGCGGGAUUUUGGGCUUCAGGGCAGAGUGGCAAAGAAAAAGCCAUAUCUGAGACUGGCUAAUAAAAGAAAAAGAUUAAGAUGGGCAAAAGAACACAGACAUUGGACAGAGGAAGACUGGAAAAAAAGUGUUGUGGACGGAUGAAUCCAAGUUUGAGGUGUUUGGAUCACAAAGAAGAACCUUUGUGAGACGCAGAACAAAUGAAAAGAUGCUGGAAGAAUGCCUGACGCCAUCUGUUAAGCAUGGUAGAGGUAAUGUCAUGGUCUGGGGUUGCUUUGGUGCUGGUAAGGUGGGAGAUUUGUACAGGGUAAAAGGGAUUCUGAAUAAGGAAGGCUAUCACUCCAUUUUGCAACGCCAUGCCAUACCCAGUGGACAGCGCCUGAUCGGAGCCAAUUUCGUCAAUGACCCUAAACACACCUCCAAAUUGUACACGAACUAUUUACAGCAGAAGCAGGCAGCUGGUAUUCUAUUGGUAAUGGAGUGGCCAGCGCAGUCACCAGAUCUGAACCCCAUUGAGCUGUUGUGGGAGCAGCUUGACCGUAUGGUACGCCAGAAGUGCCCAUCCAACCAAUCCAACUUGUGGGAGCUGCUUCUAGAAGCGUGGGGUGCAAUUUCUCCAGCUUACCUCAACAAAUUAACAGCUAGAAUGCCAAAGGUGUGCAAUGCUGUAAUUGCUGCAAAUGGAGGAUUCUUUGAUGAAAGCAAAGUUUGAUGUAAAAACAAUGUUAUUUCAAAUACAAAUCAUUAUUUCUAACCUUGUCAAUGUCUUGACUCUAUUUUCUAUUCAUUUCACAACGUAUGGUGGUGAAUAAGUGUGAAUUGUUUGAGUGACCCCAAACUUUUGAACGGUAGUGUACAUAGACUCUGCAUAGCAUGCCUCUGGAGCCUAUGUAUAUGUAUAUAUGUCUAUGACAUUAUCAGUACAGUGAUGGUGGCGCCCGGAGAUUUACCAGCACUAUGGGAUGUAAACAGUGGUACAGUUUUAAUAAGCUUCUUAUUGCACUUUUUAAGUUAUUAAUGCCUCAAUUUAAAUGUCAGAGCUCUCUGGAUUCCCAAUUGAGCCUGGAUAAAAAGCUAUUUAUCGGGGCAAAAUAUGCCGAUAUGGCCGUUGUACGGAGUGCUGGGCAAAAAUCUCAGGAAGCUGUAGGAGAGUGGAGGUGGACUAUUCAACAAAGGUAAGUACUUUUUUUAUCAGGUUUUAAUACACCCAAAGUCAAUUUUAGUCAAUUUUACACAGUUCUUUUUUAAAUUCAGUGCCUUCAACCACAGACGCAGCUCCUCUUCUGUGGAGAGCAGUGGAUGUAAGUAAAAUGGAGCUUCUCAGCACUUUGGUGUUUGGUAUUUUUGGUAUUUUCUUUAAAACUCAAAAAUUCAUUUUUUUUCCAGUUACUCUGAUACAACUACAAUCACAUAUGAGACGUCAUUAUAUAACCCACUGCUGCAAAUAUGGCCCCCUUUUUGUAUUAACGCAGAAUGUGGGAGGUGAACAGUAUCAUAUAACCUUUUGUAGGACCUUUAUUUUGAAUAGUGUAUUAGUGAGAGGUUUGUGAUAUAGAUUAUUUUUUUAACUGUUUUUCUGGUUCUGUUUUUUUUUUUUGUAAAGUGUACGUGACUGCGGGCUGCACUCUGAAGCAGCUCUGUGUUGCUGUUGAUCAGAAAGAUAAAGAAGGUACUGUAAUCAGCCUUGGAGCUCUUUAUGAUUAGGAUGCCUAAAUUCUAACUCUGGGGAAUAAACUCUAAAGCUUUUCAUGUA